AUGAUCGAUAAUACAACAGUGGUUUCAACAGAUGCAAUUCCUUCGAAUGUUUUUCAUCGUUCACUUACCUAUGAACCCUUACAAGCUGUACGAGCAGAAGGCAACUAUAUUUAUCUUAAGGAUGGACGAAAGUUGCUUGAUGGUAGUAGUGGUGCUGCCGUAUCAAGCCUUGGUCAUGGUAAUAAGCGUGUCAUUGCAGCAAUUCUCGAUCAAUUGCAAACUGUUGACUAUGCAGCUGAAGAACUAGCUAGUGAAAUCACCAAAGAGACUGACAUGGCAAGAGUCAUAUUUGUCUCUGGUGGAUCUGAAGCCAUAGAAUCAGCGAUCAAACUUGCUAGACAGUAUCAUUUGGAAAACAAGCAACCUGAAAGAGUUAAUUUUAUUGCUCGUCAACAAAGUUAUCAUGGGAAUACACUUGGUGCACUAGGUCUAUGUAGUCACAAGCCACGUCGUGCUCCAUUUUUACCGUAUUUUCCAUCACAUUUUCGUCAUGUCUCACCUUGCUUUGCUUAUCACUAUAAGUUGUCCGACGAAUCUGAUGAAGCCUAUGUGAAGCGUUUGGCUGAUGAGCUGGAAGCCAAAUUUCAAGAACUUGGUCCUCACACGAUAGCAGCUUUUUUUGCUGAAACAAUUGUUGGUGCCACAAGCGGUUGCACUCCAGCAGUGCCCGGUUAUUUCAAGGCAAUGCGUGAAGUGUGUGAUCGACAUGGUGCUCUCUUUGUUCUCGAUGAGAUCAUGUGUGGCAUAGGUCGAACGGGUAAAAUGCACGCAUGGCAAUGGGAAGAUCUCUCAUCUCCACCUGAUAUUCAAGUCAUUGGAAAGGGACUUGGUGGUGGUUAUGCUCCUUUAGCAGCAGUUCUCAUGUCAACCAAAGUUGUCAAUGUCUUUCUUGCCGGAUCAGGUGCCUUCAUCAAUGGUUUUACCUAUCAGUCACAUGCCGUGGGAUGUAGAGCGGCUUUAGAAGUUCUCAACGUGAUGAAAGAAGAUGGAUUGAUUGAACAAUGUUAUCAACGUGGACUCUUUUUAGAAAAGUUACUUAAGGAACAGUUGGGCAAUCAUGCACAUGUUGGUGAUAUUCGGUAA